AUGUACCACAACAACGUCUACCAGCAGCAGCAGGCCGGUCCCGCUGCCUCCCUCGUCGCCCCGAUCACCCCCCUCCGCCCCGUUCUCUCAACCUCCAAGAGCGAGUUACCACCCUCACCCGUCUCCCCCCUCCCCCGUCUCGGCCAACUCGAUGUCCGGACCACCCCGACGAACACCAAUAUCCUCAAAGCCCCGCGGUUGGAGUUCACGCCGCCGCCAACGCCGAGUACGGAGAAGAAGGAGAUUGGGUUUAGGACUCAAGGAUCCGGAGCGCAGUUGCCGAUUUCACCGCCUGCGACACCCACGCUCGAGCAACAACAACAACAACAAAACUCAAGCUCAACCAAUCCGGAAGACCCCUCAACUUUCUCCCCCGCCUUCCUCGCCUCCUACACCCCAACCCAUCUCCUCGGCCGCGGCGGCUUCGGCUUCGUCAUGUCCUGCACCCAACACCGUACCUCCACCCCCGUCGCCGUAAAAUUCAUCAAUCGCGCGAAAAUCCCCAAACACGCAUGGAUCAACGAUAGGGAUUUGGGAAUGGUUCCGAUGGAGAUACAUAUUUUGAGUAGGGUCGAGCAUGGGGGGGUUGUUAGGGCUUUGGACUUUUUUGAGGAUGAGAGGUGGUUUUAUCUGGUUAUGGAGUUGGUUGGGAGUUUGUGGGUGCCGCAUCCACAAGAAGCUGCGUCCGAGAAGGGGAAGAGUGGGAAUAGCAGCUGGACCGCACCAUCCUGGCCUCUCAGGAACCCAUUCUCCUCCUCAAAAAAGACCACAUCCGCCACCGAGGACAAAUCAACCCUCGCCCCUCCCGCUCGCCCACAGAUGGUGCGUAGGACUUCACACGACCUCUUCGAAACAAUCGAACAAUCCCCCGGCGGCCUAACCGAAUCCCAAGCCCGUCACAUCAUGCGUCAAGUCAUCGAUACCGUCGCAUACCUCGACAACCUCAACAUCGUUCACCGGGACAUCAAGGAUGAGAAUAUUGUGUGCGAUGAUGCGUUGAACGUUAAACUCAUCGAUUUUGGGUCCGCUAUUAUUUUACCCCCCACCACCAAAGAAGGAGAAGGAGGGGCGAGGUAUACAAAGUUUUAUGGCACAAUGAAUUUUGCCGCGCCCGAGAUCCUCCAAAAACGCCCCUACGACCCGCGGAAAACCGAAAUAUGGGCACUCGGAUGUUUACUCUACACUUGUCUCGUGGGCGAAGUACCAUUCCCCGAUCCUUAUUCGGCGUUGGAUAGGACAUGGAGGAUUCCGAGGAAGAGAGUGUCGAGGGAGUGUUUGGAGUUGUUGGGGGGGAUGUUGGAGAGGGAGGAGGGGAGGAGGUGGGGGUUGGGGGAGGUGGUGGGGAAUGACGAAUAUGAUACUACUUCUUCACUCACGAAAGCCUCCAAGCUCGAGCCUGCCGGUGCUUCCCAAGCCCCUGACACUUUCUCCCCCUCCGAUAUCGCCCAUAUCCGCCUCAUGCGUGCCGAAAACAUGACCUGGACCUCCAUCGGCAAGCACUGCGGACUUAAGCCCUCCACAAUUUGCAUGAGGUGGGCCAACGUUGUGGCUAUGAGCGAGGAAUGGACGGAGAAGGAUGAAGAGGCGUUGAGCAGGGCCAAUGCAAAGUAUGAUAAGGAGAGGUGGGGGGUUAUUGCUGGGGAGCUGGGCAGGAAGAAGGCGGGAUCGGAGAUGAAGGCGAAGGAAAUGGGGUUAUAUUGA